ACCCCAGGGUCAACAGUUCAAUCCUUGACUGGGACGUGUCAUGUGUCGAAAUGUCCCUGAGCAAGACGCUGAACCCCUGGCUCCCCGGGCUCCUGUCAUUGGCAGCCCACUGCUCCCUAUAUACAGGGAUGGGUCAAAUGCAGAAGUCAAAUUUCGUGUAUGUGACAAUAAAAAGGGUUUCUUUCCAUCUGCAUCAGCUAUUGCUGAUGAGUCUUUUUCAUCUAGUGAAGGAGCGCUAAUAUUUCUCUUGAGUAGCACAUCUACUCAUUCAGACUACCAAUAAGUCUUACAUUGGGCCUAAAAUCAAUAUGAUCCUUUCCAAAUCUGUAUUUAUUCCUCUCUCAGAUUGUCUCUUAACCUUAUAGCUCUACUGUGCUGUAGGACAGAGAAGAGGCUGGGGAAGGAGGGAGGACGUGAGAGGAAUGUGAGGGCAAGUGUUGCUCUAGUGGUUGGUGAAAUAUGCAGUUCUAGUUUGGAUAAGAGGUUGCAUCAGGACUUUGAAAGACAGUAAAGUGUUCAAGUCUCGUACUGUAAUUUGCUUUUAUCUGGUGCAGACGAUGUGGAACAAUCCGUUUUGGCUUGCCUCCUGUUGUUCAGUUCUGUGUAACUUUCUGCAUGGAAUGUAUGCCAUUUAAACACCUGCACAUGGCCUGAAAAACGUGUCUGAUCUCGGUGACGUCAGCAGGGACAAGACCAGGAAACGGCUCCCUCCCUUUCAGACGGAGGAGUGAUGUCAUCGCAGGGAGAGCGUGAGGUUGGCUGAGGCUUUAUUGAGCUUGACGUUUUAUCACCCAAAAGCACCAGACGCAUGACCACAUGCACCAGUCAGUACGAGGACACAGAGCAGCAAAAAGUGAGAGCCAAAUAACAUGGCAACACGUUUGUGACACGCUAUAAACCCCCUCGAGAGGGAAAAGGGGUGUGAGGCGAAGGCACGUAGAGAGACAGAGACGCUUAAACCAAGAGGGGAAGAGGGACAGCAUGAGUGUGCAUGCUGAUGGGGAUAGGAGCGUGUUGAGCAACAGAGCUGCAGAAUCCUGAAUCCAGCAGAUGGAGACUCCGUGUCCUUGUUUUGCGGUGAUCUUUGGGAGCAACAUGCAGCUCGCGCCGCUGCCUCGCACUGCUGCAGUGGAGGAGUAAAUGCGGAGCCCAACACUGCUCCAGGUGAUCCACAGAAGCCCAGCCUGGCAGACUGCUCCCUCCUUAGCCUUCCCUCUCCUCCUCCUUCUCCUCCUCCUCCACCUCCUCCUCCACCUCCUCUUCCUCCUCCUCCUCUUCCUCCUCUGUCAGUGCUCCAUUCUUUUGAGGGCUUUGGAAAAAAUAACAAGAAAGGAACAGAAAAACAGAGGAUCCUGCUUUCCCCCUUCGUUCUCAGAUGUGAAACACCUCUACAUGACUGUCCGCCGCUUCCCUCUCAUCGUGUGAAGACGCACCGCAUAUGUGCUCCAAUGUCUCCGGAACAUAGACUUGCUGCAAGGUAAGAAGACUUAGACUUAUGAAAAAAAACCUGCAUCUAGUCUUUGCUCUUUUUUAUUUUUGCUUUUCUCUUGAGACAUUUUCUACAGAACUGUUACAGGCUUGUGUGUGUUAGAAUUUAAUAGGUAGAUGAGAAGUUGGCACAGCAGAGAAGGUAAUUGGUAUUCCAUGCAACGAAUAUAAAUACGCUCCCAGAGAUAGAUCUUUGUCAGAUAUGGCAAAAUACAUGUCUUCAGUUUUGGAGAAAAGGAACCUCUUCUCCCCUUCAAUCACAGUGAUCCGUGCAAGUGUGUGUUCAUAUGUAUGUGUGUGUAACAGAAUCCAGCAGGGUGGGAGGGAUUGCUCCUCAAAAAGCCUUCUCGAUGGGCAACAAGGGGAUUUUCACAAUGUGGCCAAACAGCUUUCCAUCGAUCUUCUUACGGCCAAUAACGUCGGCACAAUCUCUGGCUUCAAAAUGACAGACAAGACUGUCUUCUUUAAUGGUACCAGUAGUUUAUCAUUAUAUAAUCGUUUUUAGCGGUUGUGUUUGGUUGUAAAGUGAGGAGAAAUGCUCUUCUUGUCAAUUUACGUUUCUCUUCAUGCCUCAUUAGUCAUAGAUGGAGGGAAUUCAAGAUGAAAUUAGGAUACAAAAGGGGAGAUAAGGAUAACAGCAGCAGGAAGAUGAGGACAGAGGAAUGAGGGGGUGUUGUAGGAGAACUUACUCCAUCACUGUGAUUCCUGAAACCUGCUAGCCAACAGUUGAACAGUGUGAUCUCUCCCAAAUCCUUAAAUCUCUUAAUCACACGUUGGGUGUGAAGCCUCAAAGCCUUAACCUGUAAGUGACCUAAUGAAGGUUUAUCGCCUUCACCUUACACACACAAAGACCCCUCCUAAUGCCAUAAUAAGAAAUGGAGACGAGCUGGUGCUGCAACGAUAUCCAAAUCAUGCAUUCUGCUCUUUCACAGGGCUUCAUGUCUGUGUGCUGAAACCUUUGACAGUGUCUUGCGCUCUGUUUAGCUUCUGGAUUUGUUGCCCCCCCCCAAAAGAAAUAUGCUGGUUAUGUAUGACCUUAAAAAUAGGUGAAAAAACAUAAACCUGUUUUUGUGUAUGUACAUUCAGGUUCAGGCUCAUUCAUGUCUGCAUACAGAUCAGAUAGCAUGCCAGUUUUUUUAUAACUGUACUGUGAUAUGCAGCAGAGGACUGACAGAUGCUCUUUAUCACUGGAAGCACUAAUCCCGUAUCCUGACACAUGCAGGCACCCAUACAAACUGUACAUACAGCAUUCACCCUUGCAACAUGCUCCAUCUCCCAAUACACUGUACAAACAGUGAGCUAAAGGCUCACCUAGUAUAUGCAUGCAUACAGGCACACUCAGACAACUGUGUGGACUGAAUCAAGCUGCUUUCAUGUUUAAGGUGUCUGAGGUGGUCAUUUGUCAUGUAUGACAUUAGGAUGCAGAGGAGGAUCUCAGAGGUGCAGAGUCUCAGCUCCCAGGCGGCUUCUUCCUGCUCAGAUUUUCCAGCGGAUACACUGGCAUCCUGAAACGCCUCAUUUAGCCAGUUUCCAGCAAAAAGCUUGAAGCUCCCAACAAGAAUAAAGUGUGGAAAGCCACUCCAGCAGCCCCUAGAGGCUGCAGUGUGUAUUACACAAUUUUGGGCAAUGAAAUGUUGGUCGAAAUGGACAACAUAUUGACUGACUCAUUUUGCUAGAAGCUUACUGCUCCGAUGGUUCAAUGAAUAGCUCAAUAUUUCAAGAAAUACGCUCAUUCUCUUUCUUGCGCAGACUUAGAUGAGAAGAUAUACAUAUGUAGCUGUAAAUGGCUGCUAGUUAGCUUAGCUUAGCAUAAAGGCUGGAACAGAAAUGUAGAGACGACAACUUGAAGUUUUACGGGGGUUAUGUGCUGGACUAUUUAUUGGCUGGGACCAGUAACUUCCAGUAGUGUUUGCUACCUGGUGAUAGAACAAACGAUAUAAAGUGUGAAUCAGUGGGCUUUAUUGGUGCCGAUAGACAGAUUUUGUUACCCUAGGACAGAGCCAGGCUAGCUGUGUUCCCCCAUUCCAGCCUUAAUGCUAAGCUAAGCUAAUUUCCCUAAAAUGUCAAAAGGGGUUUUAUCAAAUUUCAUGGUAAAAUGUUGAGCGAGACAUCCUCUGAGGACCAUUAAUAUCUAAACCAAACUCGGCAAUCUGGCCACUAGUUGUUGAGAUCUGGACCAAGUAGCUGACAGGGGGACAAACGGUGGUUGGACCAACAGAACGGACUGAUUAAAUCUCGUUUGAGCUCUUUUUUACAACCUCCUUCAUUGCAGACACUUGGUAGUGGUUUUAACGAUGGCUCAGUUUGGUUAGUAGAGCGAUGAAACAUCCUCUGCAUGUCGGAGAUUAUUUUAACGUUCACAAUCUCCGUUUGACACCACAGUUUGCUUUUUGUGUCCUAUUUUGGGAAUGGGAGUUUAGUCAUUUGACACAGAUUACAAAAUGAAUAAUUUGUUUAUAUACCCUCUGCGUUAUGCUCACAGAGCGUGUUUGUUUGUUUUUAGGAUUAAAGCUGCAGUACAUCUGGCUGUUGAUGGCAUCUCUUCGCUCUGUUUUGCUGCAGGCGUUUUUGAGGUCAGGAUGGAAUGAUUAACCAGCUAUUAACUGACAAGCUGAUUCACUGCUGGGUGCAAAGCAGGACAAUAAAAAUACCAACCAGAAGUUUUCACCUUGGUCCCCGUCUCGAAAGUUCAAUGAAGACAGACGCCUCCCUCCAGCCAGGAACAUGAAGGGCUUAUCGGGCAGCCGUUCCCAGCACCAGAUCCCUUUACCCUAUGGCUUGGACUAUGACCCCCAUGUCCAUGACCUCCAUGCUCACCAUGGCUCCGAGUCCCGCCACUCAUCCUACCUGCUCAGCCCCACAGAGAGCUGCCCCAUGGACUUCCACCACCGCUACUCGCCACGCAGCUCCAUCCACUCGGACUGCAUGAUGAUGACCCCUGUCAUGAUGCCUCCAGCUGCUGUUCCUGACCACAUCUCCAGCAGCACCUUUCCCAGAAUGCACUACAGCUCUCAGUAUUAUGACUCAGCCACACGGGACGACUGCGCUGCCAUCACAGCUUCUGCCACCUCCCCAGCAGUCGCGGCUGCCGCAGCCGCUGCAGCCGCCUCCUCCCAUCUCGCCGGCACCAAGAGCAACCGCCUUCCUGCUAACCUAAUAGACCAGUUUGAGAAACAAAUGCCACUGCACCGCGAUGGCUUCCACACGUUACAGUACCAGCGCACCUCCACCACCACUGAGCAACGCAGCGAGAGCCCUGGCCGCAUCAGACACCUUGUUCAUUCUGUCCAGAAGCUCUUCACCAAGUCCCACUCACUGGAGGGAUCGUCCAAGAUGAAUGGCACAAAAGGUGAUAUUAUGGGAGGUGGAGGCGGAUAUCACCAUCAUGGCCACCACUCCACCAAACAUGGUAGCAAGAGGAGCAAGAGCAAAGAACGCAAGCACCGCUCUGGCGGCUGGUGGAGCUCCGACGACAACCUGGAUAGUGACAGCACCUACCGCACACCCAGUGUCAUGUCGAGGCACCAUGGGGAACAUGUCAGCCACUGCUACCCAGAUUCCAUGCAGAGUCAUCACUUUGGAGACCUGUCACUCAAGACCUCUAAGAGUAACAAUGAUGUCAAGUGCUCAGCCUGUGAGAGCAUGGCCAUGGCUCCCGAGGGCAAAUUCAUGAAGAGGAGCUCCUGGUCGACACUGACAGUCAGCCAGGCCAAGGAGGCCUACAGGAAGUCAUCGCUUAAUCUAGAGAAACCCAUGAUGCACAUGGACCACAAGCCUUCAUCGCGAACAUGUCACUACCUACAGGUACCCCAAGAUGAGUGGGGUGGAUACCCAGGCGAGAAUGAUGACGAGAUCCCGUGUCGACGGAUGCGCAGCAGCAGUUAUGUCAAAGCUAUGGGAGAGGUGGAUGAUGAGAGUGGUGACUCUGACACCAGCCCUAAGACCUCCCCACAGAAGGCCAUUCGGCCUGAUGCUCUCGUCCUCAAAUCAGCCAUGCAGAGACCCCAUUUAGACUCCCAAAGCCAGGGCUACCACUUGCAAACCACAAGAGAAAUGCGACCCCACCCUAGUGUCACGCUGGACCCUGCCGCCUUUCACCCUCCGCCCUUCCGCUCUCGCAACCAGAGCUACAUGCGCGCCGUCAGCACCCUCAGUCAGGCUAGCUGCGUCAGCCAGGUGAGUGAGACUGAGAUCAAUGGCCAGUUUGAGUCAGUUUGCGAGUCCGUUUUUAGUGAAGUAGAAUCCCAGGCCAUGGAAGCCUUGGACCUGCCUGGUUCGUUCCGCACUCGAAGCCACAGUUACCUCCGUGCAAUUCAGGCCGGUUAUUCCCAAGAUGACGACUGCUUGCCUUCAAUGACAUCCUCCACUGUCACUUCAACUCUCAGAUCCACAACAGGCGUCCGUAGCUUAGCUGGGGGGCGUAGAGAGUACGGUAGGUCUGGGAUUCAGUUUCGUCUCCCUACUUCCUGCAGUGUGGACCGCGCUCAGCCACCUCCAGCGGUAUCAUAUCCUUCCAGUUACAAGAAGACUCCACCUCCUGUGCCCCCGCGCACCACCACCAAGCCUCUUAUCUCUGUGACAGCCCAGAGCAGUACAGAGUCCACCCAAGAUGCCUACCAGGAGGGCAGGCAUCCACGGGGCGGUCUGUGGACCACGGAUAGCCUUGGUCGUCCCAUCUACAGCUCCGUGGACAGCCUGGACAGCACCAAGGCUGUCACCAUGGCCAUGGAGUCGGCAGCAGGCAAGAGGCAUGCAUCUUUGGGCAGCCACACCUCCGUCCAGACGUGUGACAAAGCAGUGCUGGUGUCCAAGGCCGAGGAGUACCUCAAAACCCCACGUUCCUCUAUUGGGAUACAGGUGGAAACUGUGACAGACUCUGAGACUGAAAGUAAAGGCCUUCCUCAAUUCCACUCUAUAGGGAUCCAGGUGGAGGAUCACAAACGGCAUGGGAGGUUCAAGCGCUCCAACAGUGUGACCACUGCAGUGCAGGCAGACAUGGAGUUGGAGGGCUUCCCCUCCAUGGAGGACAAGGGCCUGCAGUUUGGUGGCGGCUUCGGUCGCCACUCUGAGCCCAGCACGCCCACGCAGUAUGGGGCCAUCCGUACGGUGCGCACACAAGGCCUGUUCAGUUACAGGGAGGACUACCGGCCCUCCAGUGGGCCAACCAGCCCACAGCCUGAAACCUGGCUGGUUGAGCCCAGUCUGGAGGGCACCGAAACGGGCCGAGUGUCCCCACUCCGCAGGGACGGCAGCUGGUUCAUGCAGCUCCUUCACAAUGAAACCAAGCGGCUGGAGGGAUGGUGCAAAGAGAUGGAGAGAGAAGCAGAGGAGCAUGACCUGACAGAGGAGAGUGAGUGUCCUGAAGGGAACUACAUACUUGUCAAAACGGGAGCUGCUUUUGUUGUCUCAGUCCUAGGAAAAAUCCGGAGUGCAGUGGGAAGUGCUCAGCUACUGAUGUCUCAAAAGUUUCAGCAGUUUUACUGGCUAUGUCAGCAGAAUCUGGACCCCAGUGCCAUGCCCAGACCCACAUCUCAGGACCUGGCUGGAUUCUGGGACCUCUUGCAGCUUUCCAUUGAUGACGUCACUGCCAAGUUUGAUGAGCUGCAGCAGAUCAAGAGCAACCAGUGGCAGCUGGUGGAGAGCCCAGAUAAGAAGGAGCGAAAGUGGCCACCACCUUUGCCAAAGCGGCCAUCCAAGGGGCGUGGUGGUAUAAUGCGAGAGCGCUCUCUGGACCUUCAGGACCGCCAGCGACAGGAAGCCCGCAGACGCCUCAUGGCUGCCAAACGAGCAGCUUCUUUCAGACAGAACUCAGUCACAGAGAGGGCAGACAGCAUCGAGAUCUACAUCCCUGAAGCCCAGACACGGCUUUGAGGUCCACGGAUUCAUCCUAAGCUCCUCUUGUUCACCUCCACCCAAAAUCAGCUCGUCACAACCAGUCCGCUGUCGUCAUCUGUCAUCGCUCCACCACUUUUUCAUAAUUUGUCGCCAUUCUCUGGGUUGUCCCUGCUGAAGCUACACUAGGCAAGAUUGCAGUUGUAAACGCAUCCUUUUUUUAGCAGUUUAAACGACAAAGUGGCACGGCCAUGAGGAAGAACGCCCAAUCUCUCCCUGAGUAAGAUGUCCCAUAAUUCAGGUUGUUUUCCCACAGAAAGUGAAUGAAGCUCAAAACUGAGAAAAUGGGACACACCAGCAUUUGACUUUCUUCCUCUUUCCCUUUUGGUAAAACAUGUAUCACAGGCCAGCUGGGUUGUUAAACAUGAGCCACUAACAGUUGAACAGUGAAGUUGCCUAGUGUAGCUAUAAUGAGAAUACAUCCCAUAUCCCAAAAUAAACAUUUCACCACUUUUUUUUCAAUUUCAUUUCAGCAACAUUAUGUCAAGUCAGUCAUUUAUUUGGUCACAACCAUUACUGUUACAACUCCAGUCUUCAUCUCCACUGUGAGUAAGGGUAAUGCUAUACGUGCCACAUUCAAAGGGAAACACAAAGUGCCAGUUUUCUAGACUUUCUCACCAGCAACAAUGGUCUUGGGCUGGAGCUCCCUGUGUGAAGGAACAGCGGCAGCAGAGAUUGAUGUUUCCCACAGUGACGUAUCUUAGCGAGGCAAAAAAAAAAAAAAAAAGCCUUUGAUAUACGUUGAAUAUUGCCUAACUGCUGAAGGUUCACACUUUACACACAGCCUUUUCUAUGGAGGUGGCUAAAAACCUGGUGCCGUGGUCGAUCAAUUUCCUGCCAGUCUGCGGUAGAACGGUAUUAAAAAUGUUUGACAGCGUGUCUGAGGUGCUGCACAACUUAUAUCAUCCAUCCAUCUUUAACCAGGCAUGCUGCAGCUGCUGACCAGUGUUGCUGAAUGAGAUCAGAAAAUAAGGCUAAAAAUCCUAGACCACAUUUAUUCAUUUUCAUUCAUUUAACACCCGCCCCCCCCCACCCCCCCUCUUAGGAGUAUACAUUUUAAAGCUAUGUGCGUUAUUUGCUGCUGGAUACAUUUCCAUUGCAGAACAAAUAUGAAUUAUUAACAAAAGAAAAACAGUUUUGCGCAGCCCGGAAGAGGUGACUGUAUCAAACAAUGCAUUUUGCACCUUAUAAUAUUCAUGUUUGUAUUUCCAAGGGAAAUGUAGUUUAUGAAGCUCAUGUGAUAUUGUUGCAGUUGAAUUGCAAGGACAGAAAUGGAAACUUUACUACAGAAUUUCAUGUUACUCUAUCGGUCAUAUAACCUGCACCUUGUGUUGUUUUGUUUACAUUUCCUUCUGAUGGCAUUCGGGCCGCUCGUAAUUACAAUAUUGUGAUUCUAACACUUUGAAUUCUUACAGUAUCUAUCAUAUGACCAGCAUCACGAUCUACGGUAUGCGUUUCGUAUUUAAAGUUGAAACAGUUGUGGGUUCAUUUGACGGUGCGUUUGUCUUGCUAACAGAAACCAUAUCUCAUAACACACAAGAAAACACUUCAGUUGUUAUUCUUUGAUCUGCUCAUGUAGUCUAGGAAAGACAGGUGCAAAUGACACUUUAACAAUAUUCAGUUACUAUAGUAAAUGGUGCUGCUUUUUACUCUGAAACUGUUGUCCUUUACCCAGUCCUAUGUGCACGCACACACACACACACACACACACUCAAGGACUUUUUAAACAGAGAUUUAUUAACAUGGUGCCCGUUGUCUCUCCGAUGACUUGUGGUAGAUUGUGACUUUAGAAAAGAUCAUCUUUGCAAUGCUCUUGCCCUCAGUGAUUCAAAUGAGGAGAAGGUUUUUACGGUUUCACUUCCUUUCUAUAACAUGCAAAGAGGUCCGUGAUAUUAGCUUAUCAGAUGGGAGAGGUUACAGGCUUUGACAUUCCACCAACCUUAAAGUAAAAUUGAAUAUGCCCACCCUGAGCCAAGGGCAUACUGCUAGCUGAACAGACUGCACUGUACCUGUCCAUAUGUCAUAUCACAGCAACAAUGCUUCCCUAACAUUUGCGGUACAUGCGUACAUUCAUCCUCAUUUGCCAAUCUAAUAGUUUAUUAAAACAAAUGUCGACACAGGGCCAAUAGAAUUAUGCUGCAUACAGUGUUUAAUGUUUCCCUUUUUGUUGUAAUUAGAAUAGCACUCAGUCGGGGAGGGGCACUGUGUAAAUACAUGUGUGAGGGAGUGAGGCGUACUUGUUGGGAUUAUGAUGUUUUUGUUUUUUGUUUUGCUUGCGUUGAGGCUUGUAUUGACCAAUAGCUUUUACUUUGUGACAUGUCUUCAUCAGCGCGAAAUCUGAAACCCUUACCUUACCAGAUGGCCUUAACCAAAACACUCAUGAAUGUAGAGCCCCUAAUGAUGCAAAAAAAAACAACUUCCCAGGAGAUGAGCAGCUGCUGAAAAUCUAUUUUCCAAAUUCCAUUUAAAUUGGACAAACUCUUACUUUUUAGUUUGAUUAAACUCAAUUCAGUCUUUCUGAUUCAUUCGGUUAAUUUUCAGAUGAAAUAUUAAAGGGCACAAAAAAACACAUAGUGACAACAUGCCAGGUCACUGAAGGCAGUACUUCCUUUCACACUGAUUUCAGGUUUCCCACAGGAUGUACAGACGUGUGUGCCAUUACUGAAACUAAACACGUGUCUCUCAGAAUAGAUUGUCUUGUUUCAAUGCAUGUACAAAGUUGACUCCUAGUAGGAUCAAUUCAAUCAGGUUCCAAUAAUGAAUAGAUUAUAAAUAUUACAUUCACUAGUCCUUGUAGUACACAAUUAAAAUACAGAUACAGAAUUAUUUAUGUGAAGAAUAUUUCCUGAUACUUUUACACAGAGUUCUAUAUGUAGACUGUGAGAAUUAGUACCACUUUUCUGUGGAGUUUAGAUUUAUACGCACCAAUAAUUAUAUUUACAAGACUGGAUGUCUUGUUGUUUCACCUUCUUCUAACCAAAUUAUAGUUUUAGUAGUUUAAUUGAUAUCGCUUUACUGUACAUAUACGGUGCCCCAGUAUACACUGAAGGACUAGUAAUUGAAGGGAAGAAUACUUUGCCUAAAAACAUCAUGUGCAUUAUAUAAUUACAGAGACUGAUAAAAUAGCAAGGGCUUACUCUUAACUUCAAUGAUAUAAUUUUCUUAAAAAUACAGUAUCUUUUUCCACUGAGGGGCUUUACCUCCAGCAUUGAGACGCCAUUCAUAUCGUAUUUCAGAGAAGAAGGAUCCAACUGAGUGUGGCUGAUUCCAUUUAAUUACCCUCCUUAGACAGGAAGCUAAAUGAUUUGAAGUCAUCUCAGCUCAUUAAACCUUUUCCUCUUCAUUCAAUCUGAAGAAUAGAUUGGCAAUUCAUCUUGGACAAAUUACAGUGCUUCAAUGUUUUGUGUUUCAGUACUUCAUUUCUGCACUUUCAGAAUUUGUCAAGAGAGGGCCCACUUCUCCCAUUACAAUUUGAUGUGCAGUGUCACACGCUACGGUGUUUCUCAUGUGACAUUUUUGCACUUUACAGUCAAUUCAGUUUCUCUUCUUCUAUUUUAUUGCCACUGCUAUCUUCUAUCUCCCCUGUACGUUUAUGAGUACCACCAUCUUCACUCAUCUUUUGGAUAGAAUACUGUUGGAAAUAUGAAAGUCCUCGUUUGUUUACUGGUUCCUUUCUAAGUCUUAACCCCGGAGGAACUAACAACAGCUUCUCUCAACUCUGACAACAGUCGAUGGGCUACUUUUAACGGUUCUACUGCUCUUCCACCUGACUGAAAGUCAUGCAAAUCAAGUCUACUUCCCACAGACUGCAUACUGUGAUUCCAUCAUGUUUACUACUCGAUGAUCUGGUACUCAUCAUCAUCAAUCCAGGCUCUCCUUUGUGUACUUUCUAGUUUGUGCUUGUGUUUGCUAGAAUUUUCCUUGAGGGCUGUUUCAAUCAUCUCCACUUUCCAACCAUAGGCAUGAGUCAAAUCUAUAGAGUGUUGGGAGCUGGUAAUGAGGUUGGUUUAGCACAUCAAAAAGGACCUUUUCUGCUUGGUCAACUUGGUCUAGCGCCAACAUUAAAGCCUGGCGGAAACCAAGUGGGAGAGGGAUUGACAGGAACCAGGCUCACAACCUCUCCGUCACUGGCUUAAAUGAAAAAUUAUGUCACUUUGGCUGUUUUUGCACCAAUCACCUGUCGCUAAGACUGAUAGCAGACGCAAAGAUGUCCUCAAAAGUCACAGGGACACCAGGUGCAGCGAGUGCGAGUGUACACUAUUACCAUAAGCGUGACAUGAAACACACAAUAUAAUGUGUUUUUGUGGUAUCAAGCAGGGCUAUUCUAUAAUCAUACCAUUUUCCUGUUGUUUUAUACUUUAGGAUGACUCAAGGUCAGUGCGGCAUCUCUGACGAAACGCUAAAUAUUUUUCUUUUGCAUCUAUGUUUCAUAUUUGACCCACCAUGCUAUAUGAGCGGCUUAGGAGUUUGGCAAUUAUGUACAUGACAAAUCCUCAGGUGCCUUACAGUUUAAUUAUCACAUGACUCUGUGAGUGAAUGUUUUGGGUUGAGAUAUAUGUGAAAGGAUUUCAACACCUCUUUGAGUGCAGGUUUGUCCGUGAUACCGUUACAAAGGGCUGGAAACUGGGCUGGGUCGGCUGCAGAAAAGGAAUUUACAUUUAUAUUUGACUAAUCAAACGUCCUACUGUAAUAAACCACAGCACAAUACAGUCUCGAGGAUAUCAAAGGAGGAUUUGCUAACUUUUAUGUUUUUGGUUCAGAUUAUGCAGAUGUUCUGCUACCAUUCACCAUGAUACAGUUACAUUUUUUAGAAUUGGAUUUAUGUAUUAUGACAGCGUAUACAGCUCCAUUAAAAACAAAAGAGAAUUGUAGAAUAUCAGUGUAUUUCUGGGAGCGGAGAUGACAUCUCAGAGUGCACAUUUAUUUUAGCAAAUCAUUUCUUUAAAAGGUCUUUUAUCUAUUUUUCCUCCUAGCUGUGAUAUUGUAAUCUUGGGAUGUUUUUUUUUGCCUUUUUGGCAUCUACAUCUACAUCUACAGAAUCUGGAGACUGACAAAACUUGACCAGCCAAAAAGUGCAAUAGUGUUUUCAUACAACGACGGGCAGGCGAUCACCUACAGCUAUUUACCUCACGGUUAAGUGUUCUAGCAAACAUGGUAUAGUAGGAGUAGUUGUAAUCUCCACAGGAACACUUUGUCAUGCCUGUGUACUAUGCAGUGGUACAUCUGUGGGGCGGCAGAGCUUGCAGGCCCCGGUGCAGAUCACCUUUCAUUUACAGAGCACUGAAAGCACGCCGUCGAUCGUGCUUUUACACUACAGGAGCAAAACGUGUGCUGCCAUAACCAUCCAGUACUCAAUCCUAUAUACGUCCAUGAUCACUUAGUUACUUUAUGCCAAUCUACAGUAUCUAGUGUGAAGAAAAGGUCAGCUAACUUUCAAUAAUACUCUAAAAUGAUUCACAUGGAUGUGAUGAGUUAAGGGUCACUUUUCCUCGUUAAGACAACUGUUUAUGCUUUGUACAACACAGCUUGCAGCACCAUAUUUUAGACUAACAUCCUUUAUUAGUUGUCCGAAAGAUAAACCUCAGAGAAGUUUGUAAAGGUGCUGAAUCAACCAACUUCUCUCCUUGUACCUUUCCUAAAUUUGCUUUAUUUUUGUUUAUUUAUUCUGACAAUCAGCACACACCAAAACUAUCAAAUGCACACACACACACAUACACACUACAACAGCAUGUCAUAUUCUAUCCUCAAGAUAAAAGUCCUGAGUUUCCUUUAUACGCAUCUUGAGGACGUCUUUACAGACUCCAUUCAAUUUUCAUAGAAAGCUUUUCUCCUCGUUUUAGAUACAGUUGCACUGCAAAGAUGUCUUUCUAUUGCUUGCUCUCUCUUCUCAUAAAUCAUGUGACUUUUGAUGACAUGGAUCAGAGUUUUGCUUGUUGUCACAAGCCAAACAGAUGUCAUGCAAGUAACACUGGGCUGUGUAUCUGCUCCUCAAGCAAUAAGCCUAAUUUAGAUAUUUAGGUUAGCUUUUCCUCCUGAUCUUUAGACUCCUGAUUAACCUAAAUCUGAGGGCUGUUACAGUAUCGUUUAGGUGGAUGUCGCUGCUUAACUGUUUGACAUUUUGGGAAAUAUGCAUAUUCGCUGUCUAGGCCAGAGUUAGAUAAGUCACUUGAUACCACUCUCAUAUGUUUCUGUUAAAUGUGAAUCUGAAGCUAGCAGCUGGCUAGCUUAGCUUGGUAUAAAGCCUGGAAACAGGGAGACGGCUUUUGGCUUCUGUCCAAAAGUAACCAAAUCGCCCUAAAAUCAGCUCUAAAGCUCAAUAUUUAACUUGAUUUGUCUUGUUUGUUUCAUCCAUAUCUUUACAGCUAAGCUAACGUAUUGUGGUAAAACAGUCUGCCUGUGGCUGCCCCGAGGUAUCAAAAUCCACCUAAAAACACCUCAAUAAUUACCAAGUUAUAUAUGUUUCUUCAAUCUAUACGUAAAAAGUGAAAAAAAGACACAUUGUGGUUUUAUAGGAGUUGUAUUGGUUUAUUUCUUGGCUAACUAGGCAAAGUGACUAGCUGUUUCCCCCGCCAUGAGACGGUUAGCGUAGCUUAGCCAUAAAGGCUGAAAACGGUAAACAGCUAGUCCGCCACAUACCCAAAUCGAUCAGCAUAAAAACCACAAAUUGUCAUCAAUCAACAUAGAUUUUUGUAGGAAAUUAACAAGCAAGAUAUUGUAUCUUAAUUAGGGAGCUUUGGGGACGCUGGUAGGCCUAUUUUGUUACCAGGCUAGCCGGUUCCAGUCUUUUAGCUGAGCUAACUUGUCCUGGUGGCUGUAGCUUCGUACAGGUUCAAUCUUUUCAACUAUCUAAGAAAGCAAAUAAGCAUAUUUACCAAAAUGUUUUAAAGUAUUCCUUUGAAUAGGCGAAUUUUUUGCUUUGGUCACGUUAAAUCAGAACUUUUUUAGGCAAUGUAGAAGCUUGCAUGUAACAUUUUGUCAUACUUAAUAUCUAUAAGUCCUUUCUUAGUUUGAUUUCAUAAGUUAUUCUUAUUUUUUUUUUUACUUGUGACCUCAGUGCCCAUCUGCAGAGUUAAGGGCCUGAGUCAGUGUGAAUCAGCCUACAUUGCCUCUGAAGGACAGUUAUACUAGUUUACACCGCUGCUCGUCUCUGCACCAAUUCUUCAUGAUCACAACCAGAAUCGACAGGCAUAUGUUGUCCACAUUUGCAUAUUUUUUGGGGGGAAUUGCUUGUGACGGUAUAACUGGGAGGAAAAAAUGUUUCUGAAUCUGUGCUGUUCUUUUUUUUGUUUCAGUGUUUUAUGAGGGGAGAGAGAAGUCACAAUUCUGUUUGCCUUUGGUGGAGAAAUGUCUUGUGUCGUGGCUGUGGGUAGAAGUAACAGAAGGCCUCUUAUGGGUUUUGCAAUGUGACAUGAGAAAAAAUGUACAGCAUAAAAGGUUUGUGGUUAGCUUACAACUAUUUUGAAUUGUUAGAUAUAUCAAUAAUGAGGAUAAAUAUAAUGCCAAAUAUUCAGUAUUUGUACAGAAAUAUACAUAUAUAAAUAUAUAAUAUAUACCUAAUUUAAAUGGAACUAUUUUCCGCUCUUGACCAUGUUUCUGUUAUUUAACGUUCCUUUGUCAACAUUAUUUUAUAAGAUCUUCAGAUAGCAUGCAGGAUAGUGAAAAUGAAUGUAUUAUUUAGUGUUUCAUUGCUGUUCAGUAUUACAGCAUUCUACAGAUCAGUUUGUGUUUGUAAGAAUAAUUUAAGCUGAAUAUUUCAUUUCUAGAUUUGUUUACUUAUAAAUGAAUUGUAAACUUUCUUUUUUUUUUUUUUAAAUUCAAGGUUCUGAAAUGGAUAACAGUUUAUAUCAUUUCAUUAUUUUUCUGCUUUAUCAACGUGGCUCAGUAUAUUUUGCCUCUUCUAAGUACUGCUAUCAACCAUCUGUUGUAAAUAAUUAUGCAAAUUAAACUUUUUGAAGAAAA